GCCGUAUGAUGGCACUGUUAAGAUUUAAGGGAGAUAACCAGCUUUGCCCACAACCUUGGUUUGUUUAAUUUCUUUCAGUCAAUUAGUCAACACCGUCCUCUUCAGAGAUUACUUUAGCGAGCAAAAUGUCAGAACAAAAAGCAGACAUUGCUUUGAUUGGCCUAGCCGUGAUGGGUCAAAACCUUAUUCUUAACAUGAAUGAUAAUGGCUAUGUGGUGUGUGCUUUUAACAGAACUGUAUCAAAGGUUACUAAUUUUUUGGAAAAUGAAGCAAAAGGUACUAAAGUCAUUGGUGCAACUUCACUUGAAGAUAUGGUGUCCAAAUUAAAGAAACCUCGCCGAGUUAUGAUGUUGGUGAAAGCAGGCCAAGCUGUUGAUGAUUUUAUUGAUAAAUUAGUGCCUCUGCUUGAGAAAGGUGAUAUCAUUAUAGAUGGUGGAAACUCGGAGUAUCAGGACACAACUCGUCGUUGCAAAAGUUUGGAAGCUCAAGGUCUCUUGUACAUAGGAACUGGUGUUAGUGGCGGUGAAGAAGGUGCACGUCAUGGUCCCUCUAUGAUGCCUGGUGGAUCUCCUGCAGCUUGGCCACAUGUGAAGGAUAUUUUUCAGUCUAUAUCUGCCAAAGUUGGCAAUGAACCUUGCUGUAACUGGGUUGGAGAAGAAGGUGCAGGCCAUUUUGUAAAGAUGGUACACAAUGGUAUAGAAUAUGGGGAUAUGCAACUAAUUUGUGAAGCAUACCAUUUGAUGAAGGAUGUACUAGAAUUGUCUCCAACAGAAAUGGCACAGGUUUUUGAUGAUUGGAAUAAAGAGGAACUGAAUUCCUAUUUGAUUGAGAUCACUCGAGACAUUUUACAGUACAAGGAAAAUGGUGAAUUUUUACUAGGAAACAUCAGUGAUGCUGCUGGUCAGAAAGGCACUGGAAAAUGGACUGCAAUAGCUGCUCUGCAAUAUGGAACUCCAGUUUCUUUGAUUGGAGAGAUGCACAUUUAUUUUAUACUUCAAAUUUUCUCUUGUUUACAGGCAUUAUAUGCAUCUAAAAUUGUAUCAUAUGCUCAAGGAUUCAUGCUAAUGCGAGAAGCUGCCAAGUCUCUUGGUUGGAAUCUAAACUAUGGAUCGAUUGCACUUAUGUGGAGAGGUGGCUGUAUUAUUCGUAGUGUUUUUCUUGGAAAUAUUAAAGAGGCUUUUGAUAAAAACCCAAAACUUAAAAGUUUACUGUUAGAUGAAUUCUUCAAAUCAGCUAUUUCCAAAUGUCAGGAAUCUUGGCGUCACGUAGUCAGUACAGCUGUCGCAUCUGGAAUUCCAACAACUGCUUUCAGCUCAGCAUUGGCCUUUUAUGAUGGCUACAGGACUUCACAUCUGCCUGCAAAUUUAAUUCAGGCUCAGCGUGACUACUUUGGUGCUCACACAUAUGAACUACGUAACAAUCUUGGACAUUUUAUUCAUACAAAUUGGACAGGAUCUGGUGGUCAGGUAUCUUCAACUACAUAUCAAGCUUAACGCUUGGAAUUGUUAUAUUUCCAUUGUAAUAAACGAACAUCUUCAAAGUGAACUUAACUUUGUUAUACCAAUAUUAAAUGCAAUUUAGAAAUAAUUGCUAUAUUAAAGGUUUCAGGUUCUCGCUUUGCUCAUUAGCUAUUAGAAAUAUAUAUUGAACAAUAUAUAUAUAUAUAUAUAUAUAUUUAUACAUUAAAAAAAGCAUUAUUAUUUUUGAAAAAUAGAUACUUUGUUUUUAUAUACUUUAAUCUGAACUUCAGAGGAACUUGGUUUUAAAUUUAUUUUUUAUCAAGCACAUCAUGUUUGUGAAAAGACCUUUUUAAAUAGCUUAAACCAUGACUUCAAUUAGUUUCAACAUAUCAUCUGAUCUGAAAUAUUUUAUUUUGUUUUUAAAUAUCUGAAAUAAAAGUUUAAUUACUGUU